GGCGAACAGCUGCAGGAAAGAGACCUUGCGUUUGUUAGUUCCCUGCAGGCGCUGUAACUGCUUCCACAAAGGUCUGGUUGGUCACUAGUCGCAGGUGGCCUCCCUGGGCUGGUGCACGUGUGGGCAGGCUGGUUCCUUCUGGGGGCUCCUGGGGGAGGAUGCUGUCCUGCCUUUCCGGCUUCUGGAGCCUUGCAUCCUUGGCUGGAGGCCCUUCCUCCGUCUGCAAAGCCAGCAACGGCUGAGGAGUCCUUCCCACAGAAUCACGGAUGCUCCCUCCAGUCCCUCAUGCACAUUUCAGCCCGGUCUUUGCACCGCCGGCCUGGGUGAAGAGGGGACUCUCUCUGCCUCACGCUCAGCUGUUCUGCAACCUGAUUCCGCUCUGCCACGGAGCCUGAUGAAGUCGCCCGGAGCUGCCUCUGAUGGGCGGACAGGCGAGCACAUCUGGCGGCUUCCCGCGCGGGCCCUGCCCCAGGGAUGUGAACGCGGACUGGAUGUCGGCGCUGUGCCCGCGGCUCUGGGACGUGCCCCUCCACCACCUGUCCAUCCCAGGGAGCCAUGACACGAUGACCUACUGCUUGAACAAGAAAUCGCCCAUUUCCCACAACGAGUCGCGGCUGCUGCAGCUUCUGGCCAAGAUCCUGCCCUGUGUCACCCUCCCCGUGGUGCUCCGGUGGUCCAUCACCCAGGUGCUGGACGUGACAGAGCAGCUGGACGCGGGGGUGCGGUACCUGGACCUGCGGAUCGCGCACAUGGUGGCGGGCGCCCAGAGGAACCUGCACUUCGUCCACAUGCUGUACACCACCGUGCUGGUGGAGGACACGCUCACGGAGAUCUCCGAGUGGCUGGAAAACCACCCCCGGGAGGUGGUGGUCCUGGCCUGCAGGGACUUCGAGGGGAUGACCGAGGACCUGCACGAGUACCUGGUCGCCUGCAUCAAGAACAUCUUUGGGGACAUGCUGUGCCCCCGAGGGGAGAUGCCGACGCUGCGCCAGCUGUGGUCGCGGGGCCAGCAGGUGAUCCUGUCCUACGAGGACGAGGCGUCCGUGAGCCGGCACGCGGAGCUGUGGCCGGGGAUCCCCUACUGGUGGGGGAACAAGGUGAAGCCCCAGGACCUCGUCUGCUACCUGGAACGCAUGAAGAGCUGCGGGCGCCCAGGCGGGCUGUUUGUGGCCGGCAUCAACCUGACAGAGAACCUGGAGUAUGUCCUGGGGCACCUGGCCGGGUCCCUGGAGAGGAUGACGCUGCCCAGCCUGCCCUACCUAGACGCGUGGGUGCGGGCCCAGUGCCCGGGGUCGGGCGUCCGCUGCACCAACAUCAUCGCGGGCGACUUCGUCGGGGCAGACACGUUCGUCAGCGACGUCAUAAGACUCAACGAGAAGCUGUUUCGGGGCUGAGGGUGCUCCUGGCAAACCCGGCCUCCAGGCACCACCAAGGCUGCCGCUCCAUCCUGUGGGGUGGCCGCCAGCCACGUGGGUGAGCAGAGCGGUGGGGCCCCUGGCCUCCCCUCUGAGGCGGUGCCCCUCGGCGCACCCAGCCCGGGAGGUCCCCGGUGGGUCUAGGGAGGUAUCCACGUGUAGGGGGAGAUUAAAGGUGGUGGUUUGCGCCUUCCUCAAGGAGAAUUACCUGGAUCGUGGGUCUGUGUGGGCUCGGCCCAGCUCUGCUGUGGUUGCCGAUGGGACAGGCUCAGGGCUGCCCCCCCCCCCCCCCCCCCCCCCGCUCAGGGUCUGUAAUGUCAUGUCCAUAGGACAGGACUGAGCGUGUUGGAAUCCUAUCAAGACAACUAUUUUAUUAGCUAAUGGGGGAUCACCUGUUUCUCAUUCUAGUGAACCAGCACCUGCUCCCUUUUCCCAGGAUUCCUAGGGGUUGGCUGGUAUUCCCUGGCUGUUGCGGGAAUGAAGGGUCUGUUUGGGGGGUUGUUACAGAGAUGCAUGUAAGCGAUGUUGCACACGUGCCCCCCCCAUCCCCAGACCCCCCACUGUAACCUUUUCUUUCCACAGGACGUAAAUGUGAGGACACAGGUGUAGGGACACGGGUGCGGGCAGAAAGAGGCAGGUGUAAGGACAGAAGCAUACGUGACAUGAUGCAGGUGUAAGCGGGGUGACUCAGGUGUAAGGACACAGGUCUCAGCACAGUGGUGCAGGUGUGCGGACGCGGGUGAAACGAUGUGACGUCCGUGCCUGUGCAGGUGCAGGCACACGGCCCUUGCAGCCUCGUCCUCCUCUCAGCUGUCCCCUGUGUGUGCUCACAUCGCCUCCCCCAGCUCCCCAGCCCAGGUGUGCGGCUGCCCUGCACCCUCAGGUAUCGAACCUGAGGUGACUUGUUCUUCUCUGCAUUUGGCCUCUUUGCUGCAGCUGGAUCCACACCUGUAGCUCUUCCUGGUCUCCCAAAGCCCUAGGGGGUGUUUCUCUGUUUCCCAACUUGCCCCGUGUUCUGCCGUUCCGUUCGCUCUGUUCGCUGUCUAUUCACUUUGUGUUUUCUUAUUUUCUGUGUUCUUGAUGCUCUCAUUUGGGGGCCUUGCAGACCCAGGGGGGCUGCCCCCAGGGGGCUCACUGACCCUGAGGAUAAAUCCACCAACUUGGGGGUCCUCUGGCCCAUGGGCACCCACUACCCUGCUGUCCAGGGCUCACACACCAGGCCGGUUCACCCCCCCCAACACCCAGUGCCAGGUCCAGAAGCCCAGUGGCCGUCUCGGCAGCCCAGAGCCCCAGAACCAAUCAGAGGGUCCAGUGCUGCGUGGCCCGCCCUGCCCCUGCCGUGCACACUCCAUGGCCUCCGGCAUCGUCCUCCCGCCCCACACAGGCUCCCCGGUGGCCCUGCACGGCGGCCCGGCUCCUGGGCACGGGAACAUACCGCUGUGCAGCGUUCUGCUGCUCUGGGUUGGCUCAGGCGCCUCCGUUAAGUUAAAACCCCGUGGAACAAGGAGACCUGGUGUUGACUCCGGUCCCGAGGGAGGCUGGCCAUCGUCCACGAGGCCUCUGCUCUCUUCCCGCAAUGAGCAGGAGUUUCCCAAACUCAGAGGUUGUGAAAGCAUAUUCUUUUGCCCGCGCCUCAGCCAAAGGACAGACCCCAACUGGGCUUUUAAUGGAAUGUCCGGCUUUAGAGAGACCUGGAGGCCGGGGCGUGUGUGUGUGUGUGUGUCCUUGUGUGGCUCGUGUUCUGGAACAUUCUUCCUGUAAAGGGAUCAGGUUCUUAGGAUGCUCUUGAAAAUGACCGUUUAAUCCACAUUGGAAGACAUACUCUUUGGGACCCCAUCAGCCCUUUUCCUUAAGAAAACCUGCUUCUGCUUUGAGCGAAGGCACCUGAAAUCCAGAAAGAAACUCACAGGCCACCCCAGGGGCUACCCUGGCCUGAGCCUUGCUGGGCGGGCUUUGAGCUUGCGGCUGGCGCGUGGAGCUGGUGCAGGGGAGCAACGGAGGCAAGGGCGGGUGUUGACGGCUCCCCCUGGCCAGUGGCUCCCGCUGGACCUGACCGCGAUUACCUCACACUUGUGUCCGGAACGGGUCAAUGUGGAUCAUUUAAUUCUGGAGAAUGAUUAAAAGACCUUAAAGUCA